AUGGAACCCAAGAGGACCAGCACAGCGGCCCCGAUGCUACUCCACAGGAAGUCUGCACUGCAUUACUCCCAGGAGGCUCCCACGGAGCUCCGAGGACUGGCCCCGUGUCGCGCCAUCCUGCACCCCAAGCCAACCCUGCCCUCCCAUCCCGGGAGAGCAGCCCGCCGCGCCGUCGGUCGAGGUGGUGGGCAGCCAGGAAGCGCAGGCCGGAGGACCCAGCCUGCCAAGUGCCGCCGAACGGAGGAGCCCACCGGCCCUGGGUCCGAGGCGGCGUCCAGCCUGGGCGAGCUGAUGGUGGCCCUGCCAUUGGGCGCGCUCACCUCCGUCGUGGUCCUGGUCUCCGGUUGUGCCCUGCAUCUGGCUCUGGACGACGUGGACUUGCUGCUGGAGCCCAAGCCCACGUCGAUGCUGUAAAUGUCUGUCAGAGAUUGCACCCUCGCGCUGGUGGUCCCCGAGGCUCUCCUGGGCUCAGGCGUCGAACUCCAGUGCGGACACGGCCUGGAACAGGCCGCUUUCCUGAGCACUCGAGGAGUAGUCCACCGCCCUGGAGCACGGAUCCUUCUGUGUAGCUGUCCCAGAGAUCUCCAAGAAGAGGCCAACGAGGAGCAGGAGGAGGAGGGUGAGGAGGACCAGAAGGAGGAGGAUGCCGAGUUCCUGCCGCCUGGGAUGGAAGCUGCAGCCAGCUCAGUUGCCGGGUUCUGCUCUUCAGAGUCCUAGCCUUGGGCCCCCAGCCCUAGUCCAGAGAGACGCUCUCCUUACCAUGACUACACUGUGGACUUCUACCUUCCGGAGCCCUUCCCGGACACACCACUCCAACCUCUGCCUCCCUCUCUGAGUUGAAGUUCCCACGAGCGCCCCCAACG